UUUCCAAUUCGCAUUAUUGCUGGUGCCAGAUGACUGGAAGUGGGUGGUCGUGGUGAACGGUGCUGCCUUGUGAGACCGGAACGGCGGCGGCUUCAUUUCGGUUUCAUUUAUAUUUUCCAAUUUUCUGCAUGCUAGUUAAUUAAAUUUUCUCGUCAUUGCUAAAGUUUCUUUGGAAGUUCAAUUCUUUCUUUGAUUUUUAGUAUGUACAGGUGUGAAGUUAAAGUUAAAGUGACAAGCAACGCGAAUCUUUGAAGCAUUCCUGGAGCAAACUGAUCAGGAAUUCCUAAAGAAGUAUCAAAAGGAUAUCCUGCAGGACUAAACCAGGAAUUUCUGGAAGUAACCCAAGAGGAACUCCUGAUUUCUGGAAUAAAUCUGGAGAAUUUCUUGAGAAAAUCCUGCAGGAGUUAUUUGAUAAAUUCCAUCAACACAUCUUGAAUGAAUCCCAGAAAGAAUUUAAAGAGGUGUUGGAUACUCGAUUGCUCAGGGAUUUUUCACACAUAAAGAGGGAGAAUUGUUGCACUUACCUUGUAGCAGCACCAACGGAAGCUCAUCACCUCGCGAUCGACGUGCCGACGGCCGUGCACUUCAUAGUCACCGAUUCGGAGAUGGAAGACCGAUAGCUGUACACGUUACAGCCACAAGCCAGGGAAAUCCGGUCACACCUACAGCCGUGCUCGUCACAGCUACCAGCGAUCGGGUCGACCAACAACAGCCGUACUCUACAGCUACAGAUGGAAGCACAGGAACACACCACCAGCAGCCGCGCACACCGCCACUACCAGCUUAAUGAUGCAGACAACCACACUCGCCACGAUCACCAGCGUGGGUUCACUCUCGAAUGAUCAUGGCUUUGCGCCGAACUCGUAGAAGCUGCCCGUUGUCGCCCGUUUGCCGACGAUCACACGUGGGGGAUGCCAAAAAAAGAAAAUUAUUCCGCAGAAAAAUUACUCCUGAAUAACCAAGUGCAGAACUCUUGGCAUCCACUCCACGGUAUCACGACGAGCAAACACGACGAUGACCACAGGAAUUCCUUCCAAUGCGACACUGAGCAGGUUGCAACACGUCCGCUUUCGGUCCACCAACCUCAGGAGAAGCACCGCUGCUCACACACCCCCACACUCGGAGUAGGACGGAAGACAACGUUUGAGCCGAUCGCCGGGUUGACCGGGCUCGUUCACCUUUAUGUUCGCUUCGGUUAAGUUCAAGAAAAACUCUUUUCAACUUUUCGCUUUGACCCGUUCGCGUUGGAUGUUUAUUCAAUACUGAUGCUGAUGAUGACAAUGAGAUUUAAUUUAUACUGUAGUUUGCGUCAGACGGCUCUUGCUACGCGACAAUGUUAGCUCCGCCCAUUCGAGCCAAUCCGCUGGAAAGCGUCGCGCUGUCGUCGAUAUUUAUACGGGAGGGCGACCCGCUACCCGCAUCAUCAGUUUCAAUUAGUUCGUUCGACGAGUCGGACGUAUUUCUUCGUUAACAAAGUUUUCCCAUUCGUUGGUUAAAGAAAAAUCCUCGCGUUGUACUCCGGUGCACCCCUAUUAAAAAUGGGCAAAGGUGGCCCGACAAAUAAGCGUCACGCCGACGGUGAAGUCGACACCAGCACAGCGAGCAAGCGUUUGCUCCAAACCAAUAAAUUCGCCCCCCUCGCGGCGGAAACAUUCGAGAAGGAAGAGCAACUACCACCGUUCUACACAACAGGUUUUCCCGAAAACUUCGGUGCAGACAUUGACUACUACGUCAAGAACGUCAAGAAGAGCCUCAAAGUUUCCCACCAUCGGUGCACGGACGGAUAUAAAAUUACCGUUCCCGCCGUCAACCACUAUCGUGCGGUGGAAGCACUUCUCAACAAGAAGAAGAUUCUAUACUUCAGCCACGAUAUGGAGGCCGAAAAGCCAUACAAAGCCAUCGUGGGGGGUCUGGAUGACAUGGAUCCCUUUCUCCUUGAAACGGAGCUGAAGGAGGUCGGUCUUGAACCCCUCAAAAUCUUCAAGAUAAAGCGCCAUAACACCAAUGCCCGGUACCGCGAUCAGCUCGACCUGAUCCACUUCCCGAAGAAGAAAACCAGCGUGAAGGAUCUACGGAUCUACAAGAAGUCCACGCGCUCUCCAACCAUAUCAUCCAAUGGGAACGGUACAAACCGGUGUACAAGGAGGUCACGCAGUGCACAAACUGCCUGAGCUUUGGCCAUGGGGCCAAAAACUGCCACAUACAGAGCCGCUGCUCUAACUGUGGCGAGACACACCCCUCUUCCAGCUAGUUCAACGAGCCGCUCAUGCCCCAAGCGGUCCGAGUUUAUCCAGUUCAUGAAGCAAGUGCAGCAGCGUAAUCGCCGACCGAAGAAGCAGGAAACCAUCGAUCUCAGCGGCUUCCCGGAACUGCUGCCACCCAAGAGGCCCAUUCCGGUCCUCGAACCGCUCACGUCGAGCAACACACAGCGAAAGAACACCCAAAGCGGCUCCCCUCCUGGCUUCUGGGGAAGCACGCCCUCAAGCUCGUUCCAACUAGGACACACUCCGUCGGCGCCUCCGCUCACGGACGGGUUGACCCAAGUCAUCAACCAACUCGCAUCGCUGGUAACGGAGAUGCAAAAAAAUGAUAUUGCAGAUGACGCAAUUUUUCAUCCGUUGUAACAUUCAACCUUAAAAUCCUUAAUUGGAACGCCCUCUCCAUGGCGAAGAAACAGCCGGAACUCGUUAACAGGACGAGCACCCAAAUCGGCGGCGGCGUAGCUGUUGCAAUCAAACGAGGACUCGAAUACAGGACGCUGCCUGAUCUUCUCCUGUGUACCAUCGAAGCUGUCGGGUUUGAGCUGCCUUCACCCGACGGACCGCCAAAAAUCAUUGCUGCCUACUGCCCUACCCAAUGCCGGAAAACCGAUGGCUCUUCGCUGCGCCUCUACAAUGACCUACAGAAAAUAACCCGUUGGAAGAGUAAUUUCAUCGUCGCUGGAGACUUUAAUGCUCGCCACGCCCUGUGGGGAAAUACGCGUGCCAACAGGAACGGCACCAUACUAGCGGAACAUCUCCAAGCAGGACAGUACGUCACCCUCCACGCAGAUUCACCAACAUUCUACUCACCAGCCGGUGUCAGAUCCUCGAUGGACAUCGCUCUAGCGAACGUUGUGAACGUUUGCUCAA